AAUCGCCUCUGAGCCACGGGACCGCCCAGAACAAAGAUGGCCGGGGCGGCCUCGGUGAGGGCACACUGAUCCAAACGCCAGGCGCACCCGCCGGGACAGCAAAGACAGAGUGGCAACCGCGCGGCCGAGAGCAUGGAGGAGGGCAGCAGCGGCGGCAGUGGUGGCAGCGACAGCAACGCCGGCGGGAGUGGCGGGGCGCAGCAGAGAGAGCUGGAACGCAUGGCUGAAGUCCUAGUUACCGGAGAGCAGCUCCGGCUGCGGCUCCAUGAAGAGAAGGUUAUUAAAGACAGACGGCAUCAUCUCAAAACCUACCCAAACUGCUUUGUUGCAAAAGAACUGAUCGACUGGCUCAUUGAACACAAGGAGGCCUCUGACCGAGAGACGGCGAUAAAACUCAUGCAGAAAUUAGCUGACCGGGGCAUCAUUCAUCAUGUGUGUGAUGAGCACAAGGAAUUCAAGGACGUAAAGCUCUUCUACCGCUUUAGAAAGGAUGAUGGGACUUUCCCACUGGACAACGAGGUGAAAGCCUUCAUGAGAGGACAGAGGCUGUAUGAAAAAUUGAUGAGCCCUGAAACUACCCUCCUCCAGCCUAGGGAAGAGGAGGGGGUGAAGUAUGAGCGAACCUUCAUGGCAUCCGAAUUCCUGGACUGGUUGGUUCAGGAAGGUGAAGCCACAACAAGGAAAGAGGCAGAGCAGCUGUGCCACCGGCUUAUGGAGCAUGGCAUCAUACAGCAUGUGUCUAACAAGCACCCGUUUGUGGACAGCAACCUCCUCUACCAGUUCAGAAUGAACUUCCGUCGGAGGCGAAGACUGAUGGAGCUGCUCAAUGAGAAGUCCCCGUCCUCUCAGGAGACACAUGACAGUCCCUUCUGUCUGAGGAAGCAGAGCCAUGACAAUCGGAAAUCUACCAGCUUUAUGUCAGUCAGCCCCAGCAAGGAGAUCAAGAUCGUGUCUGCUGUGCGGAGGAGCAGCAUGAGCAGCUGUGGCAGCAGUGGCUACUUCAGCAGCAGCCCCACGCUCAGCAGCAGCCCCCCUGUGCUCUGCAACCCCAAGUCUGUGCUGAAGAGACCUGUCACUUCUGAGGAACUCUUGACUCCUGGGGCUCCAUACGCAAGGAAGACAUUCACGAUUGUUGGUGACGCAGUUGGCUGGGGCUUUGUGGUGCGAGGAAGUAAGCCAUGUCACAUCCAGGCUGUGGACCCCAGUGGACCUGCAGCUGCCGCAGGGAUGAAGGUCUGUCAGUUUGUCGUCUCUGUCAAUGGCCUCAACGUGCUGAAUGUGGACUACCGCACCGUGAGCAACCUGAUUCUGACAGGCCCAAGGACAAUUGUCAUGGAAGUCAUGGAGGAGUUGGACUGCUGAGCAAGAGGACAUCCCCGCUUGUACCCUGUCCCAGAACAACACAACAGUGACUUGGCAAGACUGACUGACAAAUGGAUAAUUGCGACAUUACAGAUCUUUAUGACAUAUACACCUUGACUUUCAUAUGCUGUUUGGAUGUGGAAGAACCGGGUAAUAUAUCUUUAAAAACCAAAACACAGCAGGGUGUGGUGGCUCAAAUCUAUAAUCCCAGCAUUCAGGAGUGUAAGGCAGAGGCGCUGCAGGUUCAAGGCCAGCAUCAGCUGACAGUGUGAGUGCCUGUCUUAACAUCACACAAGGGAUUUUUCCACACAAGUGC